AUGGAAACACUCGAGAACAUCGUCAAAAUCGCAGUCAAGAGCAAGAGCAAGAUCAAGGUCGCUGAUAGCUGGGAUGACGACAGCGAAGAACCGUCGGAGUCAGAGGGCCUCAGGUCAUAUACAGCUAACACACUUGAGGCUCAACAGUUGGGCUUGAACAAGAAGGAUUGGUUGAUACUGGUCUUGAAGGCAUUCAAGUUAUUGGAGGUGGAAUUUGGGGCCAAGUUCUACGAGAUUGGAGUGUCAACGGCACGUUCAUUUUGA